UUUUUCUUUAAUAUAAUGCUUAGCAAUACUACAUUACAGAAAUCAAGUGGUGAAGUUAACAUGGAAUCAACAAGUAAUGAAGUGUUACAUGUUUCUGAAUUUUCAUUAACUGUUGAACGUCAAGUAGAUGAAUAUAUGAAAUCUGAUAUUGUAAAAGCAGCAAUUGAACCUGGAAUUUUCCCUCCUCAUAUGAUUAGAGAAGUUUUAUUAAGGAGAGUACAAAAUGGUGAUGGAAACUUUGAGAAUGCAGAUGAAUUAUGUGAAACCGUACUGAAUUUACAACAAGAAAUGGAAAAUAAUGCAAGCAAUGAAUCAACAAAUAUUGAUGAAGAACCUAUGGAAGUAAACAAAGAAAUGAAUGUUACAGUUAGACCUUCAACAAGUCCUUCAGAAGAUGUUCAACCAUCAUGUUUUUCUGUUUCUGGACAAAGUACUAGUGGAUCUGCUUCUAUGGAUGGUAAACUUUUUAAAUUAUAUAUCAAGCAUUUAAGACUUUUAAAUGAUUUUUUCUUUGGUGUUUUGAUUGUUAUGAGUUUAGUGAU